AUGGCUUUGCAGGAGGAAUUCAAAGAAUAUGCAGAGAAGGCCAAGUUUUUGCCUCCAACAACAAAGGACUCAGAUAAGUUAGCCCUGUAUGGGCUUUACAAGCAAGCAACAGUGGGCGCCAUUAACACUAAUCGACCAGGGUUUUUCAGUCCCACGGAGAGGGCGAAAUGGGAUGCAUGGAAAGCAGUCGAAGGGAAGAUCAAAGAAGAAGCAAUGACUGAUUACAUCGCGAAGGUGAAGCAGCUUCAAGAAGUAGCUUCCACAUAA